AUGGUUAAAAAUGCAAAAUGGAGUAGAAAAGAAGGAGAUGACCUGAUAUCAAUAGUGGAACAAAUAAAAAGGGAAAACCCAGAAAGAGUAUUUUCAAAUCCUCAAUUGGCAAUAGAGAUCAAAAAGGUGGAGACCUUUAGUAAAUUUACAGAACCUCAGUUGAUUAACAAAAUAAAAAGAAAUAAUAGAAAGGCCCAUCAAGAAAAUAAGAGAGUAAAGUACAGUGGGGAAUUUUCUGGAUCAACUACCGUCACCGACAAUGUGUCUCCUCCAAUUGCUCCAUUAUUAGAGGAAAAAAGAGUUAGACUACCUCCAAACAGACCUUAUCAAGAAUUUCUGGAUCUUCAUAAUAUCUCACAGUCAACAAAGUUGAAUCCAACACCCUAUCUCUACUACAGACCUACUACAACUAGUACUCGUAAUGUCAGUACUCCUAGUGCACCUCAAAUAUCAUCAUCAUUAGUUUCAUCAUCAACUCAAUAUUUGAAUCCAAAGGGUCCAUUUUCUGGAUCUCAAUCGGCCACUACACUAACCACCCAUUCCAUUCCAUUUGUAGAUAAUAAUUCAACCAUCCCAUCAAAUCAAAUUACAAAACCUGUUAUAGAUGAUAAUAUUUUGGACUCUUUUGGUAACAAUAUUAAUAAUAAUAAUAAUAAUAAUAAUAAUAAUAGCAUGUUUAUUUCAUUUUAUGGUCAAAGUGAUGAAACUCUGACCAUAUAUCUUCCACUUUGUAUAGGUGAGACAUUCAAACACACCAUCACACCGAGUGGUGAUAUCAUUGUACAAGUGUUUAGAUCAGAUUAUAGUUGCAGUUUUACCAAAACCAAGAAACUACCACAUUCAAUGUCUGGAUCGUACAAAGCCUAUUUUAAAAGACCAUUGGAUUAUGGUAUGCCAGUUUUGGCAACAAACAAAGCAUACAAAGAUAUGUAUGUCCAAGAAAUAUGUGGAUUUACUUUUAAAAGAGAGAUUAAAGAGAUAUCUGAAGAAGUAGAAUUAUAA